GCACAUCACACACCUUCAAAAAAAACUUCACUCCUCUCUCUCUCUCUCUCUAACUUUCUCUCUCUAAAAUAUAUAUUUUACCAUGCCGCCGAUUAUAUCUCCGGCGUCGUUUCUUGCACUGAAAACCAAGAAAGCAAAUUUAUACAAAAUUACAGUCACCACAAUUCUCUGCACAAUCUUUUAUUUGAUAGGUUUCUAUCAGAAUUCUCGGGGUAGAGUCCCAGUUUCCGCCUCUCACGCUUCCAUAUUCGACUGCGCUGAGCCAGUCUUCAACGCCACGCUCGACUUCAAUCCCCACCACGUCCUCCCCGACCCGCCUCUCAAGGAGGCGCGUGCGUAUCACCUCCCUCCGUGUGAUUCUGAACUAUCCGAGUAUACUCCAUGCGAGGACCGUAACCGUUCUUUGAAAUUUGACAGAGAUAGACUGGUGUACAGAGAGAGACAUUGCCCGGAGGAGAAGGAGGUGUUGAAGUGCCGUGUGCCGGCGCCGUUUGGAUAUAGAGUGCCGUUUAGGUGGCCGGAGAGUAGGGAGUACGGGUGGUUUGCGAAUGUUCCUCAUAAGGAGUUGACUGUUGAGAAGAAGAAUCAGAAUUGGGUUCGGUAUGAAGGUGACCGGUUCAGGUUCCCCGGCGGUGGAACUAUGUUUCCUCGCGGUGCUGAUGCUUAUAUUGAUGAUAUCGGAAAGUUGAUCAAUCUUAGCGACGGCUCUAUCAGAACCGCCAUUGAUACUGGCUGUGGAGUGGCAAGCUUUGGAGCAUACUUAUUAUCAAGAAACAUAAUAACAAUGUCAUUUGCACCAAGAGACACUCACGAAGCACAAGUCCAAUUCGCACUCGAACGUGGAGUUCCUGCUUUAAUCGGUGUUUUCGCUUCCAUGCGCCAGCCGUACCCCGCAAGAGCCUUCGACAUGGCUCAUUGCUCUCGCUGCCUAAUCCCAUGGGACAAAGAUGACCAAUACUUGAUUGAAGUUGACAGAAUGCUCCGUCCCGGUGGCUACUGGGUGCUUUCCGGGCCUCCGAUUAACUGGGAAAAUCACUGGAAAGGCUGGGAUAGAACUACUGAAGAUCUUAAUGAAGAACAGACUAAGAUUGAGACAAUUGCUAAGAGUUUGUGCUGGAAAAAAUUGAUUCAAAAAGGUGAUAUUGCUAUUUGGCAAAAACCAACUAAUCAUAUUCAUUGUAAAGCUAACAGGAAGGUUUACAAGGAGCCUCUCUUCUGCCAGGCACAACAAGAUCCUGACAUGGCAUGGUACACCAAAAUGGAGACGUGUAUGACACCACUGCCAGAAGUAUCCAACUUAAGAGACAUAGCAGGUGGGGAGCUAGCAAACUGGCCGGAGCGGUUGACUGCAGUUCCUCCGAGGAUCAGCAGUGGAAGUGUGAAAGAAAUUACUUCAGAAAUAUUCACUGAAAAUACAAAUUUGUGGAAGAAAAGAGUGGCGCAUUACAAGUCAGUUGACUAUAAACUGGCUGAAUGGGGACGAUUUCGAAACAUACUCGACAUGAAUGCGUAUUUAGGAGGAUUUGCAGCUGCGUUAGUCAAUGAUCCUGCGUGGGUUAUGAAUGUUGUUCCCGUGGAAGCAGAGAUCAAUACUUUAGGAGUCAUCUACGAACGUGGCUUGAUUGGGACAUAUCAAAACUGGUGCGAAGCAAUGUCGACUUAUCCGAGGACUUAUGACUUGAUUCAUGCUGAUUCAGUAUUCAGCCUCUAUAAGGACAGAUGUCAAAUGGAAGAUAUUGUGUUAGAAAUGGACAGGGUACUAAGGCCAGAAGGCAGUGUAAUAAUCAGAGAUGAUGUAGAUAUAUUGUUAAAAGUGAAGAGUAUAGUAGAUGUGAUGCAAUGGGAUGCAAGAAUUGCAGAUCAUGAAAGGAGUCCGCAUGUGAGGGAAAAAAUUCUUUUUGCCGUCAAGCAGUACUGGACAGCACCGCCAUCCGAACAACAAGAAUCUACAAUACAUUUAUAGAUAUUUCCUUUUUCUCAUUCAUUGUUUUGAAUAUUAUUAUUAUAAUUAUAAUUCUUAUCAAUCAAUUUUUUUUAUAA